GUGGCACAGGUACGCGGCGCGCUCCCGACGCAUUUCACGCGAGCUCUCCUCGUGCUCACAGAGCUCAACAUGUUCCUGAAGAAUGGACAGCUCAACACCACCACAUGAUGAGCUGGACGACUCUACAGUGGGUGCUUCUCUUGGCAUCUGCAGGGCAAAUCCAAAGCCUCGGAAAACUGUGUUUUACCGUCAUUGAGGAGCAAGAAGCGGGCGUUAAGAUCGGAAGCCUAAGCAUGAACUACUCGGCUCCAUACCAGCUCCGAGACGAGACGCACAUCAGGGUGGACGAAAGCACAGGCGAUCUGUUCACUAAAGAGCGCAUCGACAGAGAGACCUUGUGUCCGCCACAUCAGGACGGGGACUGCACAUUUCUGAACACUGCACUCGUGGGUCUUAAUUUCGAUUUGGUGCCGAUACUAUUUGUUGUGGAUGAUGUUAACGACAACGCUCCUUUUUUCGAGAGGAACGAGAUUCAUAUACGCAUACCUGAAGAUGCAUCAAAUGGGACGGGUUUUCCACUGGAUGACCAGGCACAGGAUAGGGACACUGGCAAUAAUGGCUUGAUACAUUACCAUUUAAAAGGCUCCGAUGGCUUUUUUGGCAUCAAACAAGACGGGUAUGAACUUGAGCUGGUGGUACAAAGGGAACUGGACCGGGAAACUCGGGAAAACCACUUCUUGGUUCUUGUAGCAGUAGAUGGGGGUUCAGUGCCACUCAGCGCUACAGCUAAUCUCAUUGUAACUGUAACCGAUGUUGAUGACAAUUGCCCAGAGUUUGACGCCGAUAGCCCCAUCACAGCCACUGUGGCAGGAUUAGGAAUCAAGGGCGCUGCGGUGGCACAGCUUAAAGCCACAGACAAAGACCUGGGCCAAAAUGCCCAGAUCACUUUCUCCUUCAGCCGUCAGAUCUCAGACAGGGCUAAAACGCUCUUUCACGUGGACGGACACACAGGUCUGAUCAGCCUAGCUGUUGAUGUGCAGGUUGACAGUUCUGAGAAGCACAUGUUGAAAGUCCUUGCAAACAGCCCACUUUGCCCCCCUGCUCAAACUCAGGUAACCGUAGACAUUAAGCCGCUGGCGAGUCCAGAGCCGACCAUAAAGAUCAGGUUUGUCGCAGAGCAUAAAAACCAAGUGAUCGUGUUACAAGAGAACGAGCCCCCCACUGUCUUGGCCCUCUUGGAGAUACAAGACACCUCUAGUGAUAAAGGUUCCCUGUCCUUAGAAGCAGACAGCAUGCCAUUUUCUUUGAAACCGCAAACAGGCAGCUAUUUGCUUUCAACCUCAAAACCUCUAGAUUUUGAGAUGUGCAGGGAGUAUGAUGUUACAGUAGUCAUUUCUGAUCCUCACGGCACACGGCUGCAUGGAAGGAAAGUCAUAAAAGUGGUGGUUGAAGAUGUGAAUGAUAAUGCCCCGAAGUUUGAUCAAACACGAUAUGAAAAGGAUAUCAAGGAGAACAACACGGCUGGAAUGUUUCUUCUGAAAGUGCAGGCGACCGACGCAGAUGCAGAACAGUUUGGCAAAGUAAAGUACAGGCUUACAAACGGGGGGCCUUUCAGUAUUCAUGAAGAGACUGGCGUGAUUUCGGUAGCAGAGUCGUUGGAUAGAGAACAGCAGGAGACGUACACCCUGACUGUUCUGGCCCGGGACGGCGGCGAUCCUGCACAGGAGGGCUUUGCUCUUGUGUCCGUCAACGUACUGGAUCUGAAUGACAAUCCACCGGCCUUUUCAACCCCACAUUUCUAUUUCUUUGUGUCUGAGAGCCUUCCACGACUUUCCCAAGUUGGGAAAAUCCCGGUAAGUGAUGCCGAUGAUGGAGACAACGGAAGAAUAAUGGAUGUGCGUAUUUUAAAUGAAAAGGUCCCUUUUGCUAUAGACCUGGUGCAAGGAUCGCUCCGCAGCACCGGCGAGGUCGAUCGUGAGAAGCAGGAUCGCUAUGAGCUUCUGGUUGUAGCCGUCGACGGCGGCAGACCGGCUCUUUCCACUACGGUGAAAAUGACCAUUUUUGUCGAGGAUGUCAAUGAUAAUCAACCCCAUGUCCUUCUUCCUAGCAGCAACCUCUCCUGUCUGACCAUAUCUCCAGCUACCCAAGCAGGGAGCAUGAUAACAAAGAUCUACGCCAUUGAUGAGGACUCGGGAAUGAAUUCGGACAUCACUUACCAAAUUGUUGCGAGUGAACCGGCUCUCCAAAGCCCCUUCCAGAUUGACCAGCACUCAGGAAACAUCACACUGGUCCAGCGCCUGAGCGGCGAGGACUACGGCAUGCACCACCUCUUCGUAGUCGUUCGCGAUGGAGGAAAGCCAGACCCGCUGCAGACCACUGUGUGGGUCAACCUGCUGGUCAACGAGACUCUGGAGAAAUGUCAGGUGAGCGCAGUGCCAGAGUACCUGCCGGCGACGCUGCCGCCUCCGAAGCCGCUACCUGUCAAAGACUGCAGAGGCGAUUCAAACGCCUGGCUCGUUCUUCUCUGCGGCCUGGGCCUGAUGGUCAUCUCAGGCGGGGUUCUUCUGGUGCUUGCAGUGGUGUUUAUUAAGCACAAACACACAAAAAGGAAAGUAAAAAAAAAGAAUACAUGGGAAACUGGAAAUCUCUGUGAACUGAGCCCUUUAAACUAAAGCGAUAUUCCAGUUAAAUGAUUAUGUAUAAAAAAUAUCACAAAAGUU